AGAGGAAUGGUCGUUUGAGCAGAUGUGGCAUACUUUUAACAGAAUAGGCCUUGGAAGGGUGCUGGAGAUUGAUUGCCCGACGAAGAGGGAUAGGUUGGGUAGAAGAUUUGGGUUUGUUCGAUUCCUGGAUGUGAAGAAUGAAGCUGCUUUAGAAAGAAGAUUGAAUGAAGUAAGAAUAGGGAGUCGGAUCUUACAAGCAAACAAACCAAGGUAUACCAAGUGGGAUCGUCAAAAAACACUGAUUUCUAACAACCGAUCCAAGGCUUGGGACUGGAGACAACAAAGCCCUUAUGGUAAUGGUAGAAGACCAUCAUAUGCGGAGGUAGUUAAAGCAGCAAAUAGCAGGAUGGAAGAAAGGUCCAAUCAAGAAAGAAGAAAAGAAGGAACAGAGCAACGGCAUGGAAACAAUGGCGCUAGCGUCUAUGGAGCUCAACAAAGGGAAUGGAAACCGAAACACCAACACCAGCACUGGUCAAGUAUGGAGCUGAACGUCGAUUUGAAGGAAUAUGCAUGGCUAGAAAAAUGCUUUGUGGGUACAGUGCACUCGGUGAACUCCAUAUCUAAUCUGCAACAAAAAUUCUACAUGGAAGGAAUUUUCUUUACUAGCAUUAGACCAAUGGGAGGUAGAUUAGUGUUAUUAGAAGCCAAGGAACAUGAGGAUCUGAAGGAGCUUGUUGAUACUGGUAAAGAUUGGCUGGGAAAGUGGUUUGCAGACGUGAAGCCAUGGACACCCACAGUGGUCGUAGCGGAGAGAUUUGCUUGGAUCCGAUAUGAGAGCACGAUAAGCAAGGAGAGAUUGGACAUUGCAAGGUUCCUUAUAUCCACACCAUCCAUGGAAUCUAUCUCAAAGUCUAUCACAGUGAAGAUCAAUGGAGAAUUCUUCACACUCAUGUUCACAGAAGAGGAAUCAACAAACAAUCUCUUCACCAUGAGGUCUGACAGGACUUUUCAUACACCCAGUGAAGAGGAAGAAGAAAGCAGUUCUACAGAUAACCAGAAUGAGGUACAUUCCGAUUCCGAUGAGAAUAUUUUUGAACAGAUUGUGAUACAGUCACAGGGGAUUGAAGACGAUGAUGUGGCAAUUCUAAGGGCUGAGGUGGGGGAUGACGUGGCAUCACCGAACAUGGGGGAUGGUAAUAAGCAUGAGGUGGCAACUCAAAGGGAUGAGGUGGCUUCACCGAACAUGGGGGAUGAAAAUGAGAACAACAUGGCAAGUCCAAAAGCUGAGGUGGCUAAGCACAUCGAUGAGGCAGGUUGUAGCAAAAGGAACGAGGACGAGGAAGCAAGCACUGGAACCGAGAUAGUCCAGGAAACAGAGGGCCCAAAGAAGCAUCAGGAGAAUAAAAGCAACAGACCCAAAGCACGGGAUAGGAAAUCAGAAAUUUCUUUCUGGGAUGACCUCGGCAGUGACUCAGGCACAGAAGCAAGAUGGAUGAACAGAAACGAUGGUUGCGGGAAAAGAAAGAAAAAGAGAAGAGCAAAGUCCUGUGCAUCAGUGUACAGAAAAUCUGGGGGAUUAGAUGGCUUCUUGAUUCAACAGAAAAACAAAGGGCAGAAAAAAUCAGCCGUUGAGACAAAGAAGAAGAUCCUGUUUGAGAAAGCUCCGGAGAAAUCAAUUGCAGAUAAUUCAAUCAACGACAGCAACAUCCAGAAUUGUAAUAAAAGCAUUGAAAUGAGAAGUAGAAAAAGGAACAUGGAAGCUCUGUGGUCAUGGGUGAAAGAACUCGGAGUGAGUGCACAAACAGAGGAAAUUUCAGUGCUGCAGAAAUUGGUAGACAUGGAAAGCCGUGACAAAGCAAGAUGGAGACAGGAGGAAGAAAAAAAGAACCGAAAAGGAGACCAGAGUGUAGAUAAAAGGCUCUGUAGAAUGAUUUGGGACUCAGAUAAUUUUGAGUGGGUUGCACAACCCGCAAAUGGAGCAUCAGGAGGAAUUUUAACUAUAUGGAAUUCCACUGUUUUCAAGAAGAUUAGCAUUUUAGAAGGUGCAGGGUAUCUGGGAGUUGUGGGGUUUUGGGGAGAAGAAAACAUUCCUUGCUAUUUGGUUAAUGUUUAUUCCUCAUGUGAUCUGGUAAAUAAAAGAAUUUUAUGGGAGAAUUUAUCAAACCUCAUUUGUUCCAACAAAGGAAAUUGGUGUAUAGCUGGAGAUUUUAAUGUCAUUAGAAAUCUUCAAGAAAGGAAAGGAGGUAUCAGUGUAAGGAGGGAGCUUAGGGAGUUUAAUGAGUUUAUUGAGAUGUGUGGGUUGGUGGACCUUCCACUGAUAGGGAGAAAAUUCACUUGGUAUCAACCAAAUGGUAAUUGCAUGAGCCGCUUGGACAGAUUCUUAUUCUCGGAGGAAUGGUUGCUUAACUGGACAGAGCUGAAGCAAUGGGGGUUACCUAGAACACUGUUAGAUCAUUGUCCAAUUCUAGUAAAGGAUGAAACACGCAAUUGGGGCCCAAAACCCUUUAAAUUUUUCAAUGUGUGGCUACAAGACCAUGUCUUCAGAGAAAUGACAGAGAAACAGUGGAACAGUUUUAACAUCCAAGGCUGGGGGGGUUAUGUGCUGAAAGAGAAGCUGAAAUUAUUGAAAAACAGUAUGAAGGAAUGGACAAGGAGCCAUGUGCAGGAGGUGGACAAGAAAAUUGAGGAAGCAAAAGAUAAUAUAGCCAAACUUGAUUGUAAAGGGGAACUACAGCAGCUCACUGAGGAGGAAAGCUCUCUUAAGAGAGAUCUAUUGCUAAAUCUAUGGGAAAACAUUCAAAAAAAAGAAGAAAUGGCAAGACAAAAAUCAAGGAUGAUGUGGAUGAAAGAAGGGGAUGCAAAUACAAGCUUCUUCCACCGAUGCAUCAAAAGUAGAUGGAGAAGGAAUGAGAUUAAUUCUUUAAUGGUCAACGGGAAGACCCUGCAUGAAGUUGAAGAGCUGAAACAAGGAGUGACUGAAUAUUUCAAGAAUUUAUUUACAGCGGAGGACUGGAAACGGCCAAUUCUUGAGGGUGUCCACUUCAAUAAAAUUUCUGAAACAGAAAAGGGUCUCUUAACAGAACCGUUCCUUGAAGCAAAGGUCAAAGCAGCUGUUUGGAACUGUGAUAGUGAUAAAGCCCCAGGUCCGGAUGGUUUGAGCUUUGGUUUCUUGAAAGCAGAAUGGGAAGUGGUAAAAAAAGGAUAUAAUGAAGUUUCUAGCGGACUUUCACAUCAAUAGUAAGCUGAAGCCAUCUAGCAAAAUUGAAUAAGUCAAUAAAUUUGGAACUUGACCACAAGCAAUCAUUUCCUUGAAAAGUUCUGUUGCUGUUGAAAGCCUUCCUACCUAGCACAUCCCCAUUAUAAGAGUAGUGUAUGUUAUAGUGUCAGGCUUUAAUCCUUUAUGAGACAUCUCAUUAAAGAGCUCAAUUGCUU